AUGCGUUUUGCCCGUAUGUUAACGCCAACUCAACGCUUUCGCCCUGCAAAUGGUCGGUCAGUCCCUGGAACAAGUACUAGCAGUACUCCUGUAGGCGCACUUGCUGGAGUUACUACACUUGCUUCGAAGAAUGCUACACAAUUAUUGGAUCGUGAUGCCAUUGUUACAUUAUUACUUCUUUUUUUCAUCGAUCCAGUCCGUCUUAAUACUCAACGUUUGCAGAAGCUCAUUAAAAGUCUUUGCGCACAAAAUGUAACAUGUGAUUUCGUGAUCUGGUGCUUAAUUGCUCUGCUUGACAAAGUAGACGAAGAAGCUGUUCAGUAUGAGGAUUUUGGUGGUACAGUGUCCGGUUGGUUAGAUCAAAUAUGCGUAUACAGCGGUAUUGGACAACAUGAACAAGCAAUCAAAUUCUUCAAGAGUACUCAUAUAGUGGCGUUACAUCCGGCAGUCUUAGCAACGGUCUGUCGUCUUGUACUAGAUACACUAAUCAGUCUUGCAAAAACUUAUCCGGGUCAUUUUCUUCCUGCGAACCUACGUGAUCCAGGUUAUCUCUCCAAUGCGGGGUUGUUUACGCCACCAUUCUCACAGUUUUGGGCUAUUGUUCAUAGCUUGUCGAAAGCUGAUGUGUUAUCCCGUGCUACACAUCGACAUGGCCUAUCAUUAGAGACAGCUUUGGGACCAGGUGGCCUUAAUGCAAGUAUGGCUGCUUUCUCACUUGAAGAUAGUGCUAUCGGUGUACUUAUGGAGCAUAUUAAGCGUCCAGUUAUUCUCUCAUCGUCAAUAUUGCAGGAUAAAUUGCUUCGCCUUAUAUGCACGAUUGUCCAAACUUUGCCAGAGGAAACCAUCACGAAAUUGGCGAUUGAUUCGACUGCGGAAAAACCUCCACUUAGCCAGCAACUCGAACAUAUUGUUUUAGUCUUGACAGAAGGUGAUUGUUCAGAAGAAGGAUUAGCAGAUGGACGUACCUUGCUAUUGGAAUUGAUUCGUGCUCUUACUCCAUCUACGAAAACCUUUAUAAUGUCUCUCCUUAUAAAUGCUGCUGAACGCCUAGGAGCCCGACUUUUGCCACAUGUCGAGAAACUUGAAGAAGAGCUGAAAGAGCUACCUAACGACGGGAACCCUUCAUCAUCGAUUGAUCAACAACCAUCGGGCUCGAAAGUUGCAGUUAAUCGUUAUGACGAAUCGGUGAUUGUGAUCAGUGGAAUUUUGAAUUCGCGAGCGGUCAUGAAUGCAUCUGGCUGUUACGAACUGCAAUUACCAGCAAUGAAAGCACUUACUGACAAAAGUGGAAUCCAGAAUAUAUUUCUAAGAACACUGCAGACAAUUAUCAAAAUAAGAGAAGUGCUGCAAUCACAUGCAAGGUGUAUUGAGAUUGAUGUGAGUACUGACACUGCAGGUGAGCAGGACGACGAACGUGGAACGGGAGAAAACACCGCAAAUGCAACCGAAGAAUAUGAAAGGAAAAGAUUUGCCGAGAAAGAAGAAAGCAUGAGUGUAUUAUUAAAUACGUUAGAACCGUUAUGGGAACUUGUAUCAAGAUGUCUGAAACGUCUUACAAAUGCAGAUGCACAUGCAGCUUUAGCUCUUCAACCAAGUGCGGAAGCUUUUUUUCUGGUAUACGGAUCAGAAUUGUCUUCUGCUGAUCCAAGUAAACUUCAUGACCAUCCGGAUGCUCAAAAACUUCUUCAUUUCGCAGAGAAGCACCGGAAUAUGUUGAAUCAGGUUCUUAGGCAAAAUGGUGGUGGGUUAACGGAUGGUCCAUUCGCAGUGCUAACUCAGAUGCCGAAAUUACUGGAUUUUGAUGUUAAGCGUAUCUACUUUCGGAAACAGAUGCAAAAAAUCGAUGAACGUGUUAGAGGUGAAGACGUAGCGGUGAGGAUUCGUCGCAGUCACUUAUUCAGUGAUAGUUUCCGUGAGUUAUUCAGACUGCGUGGUCCGGAGUGGAAGGCGAGAUUUUAUAUCAUAUUCGAGGGUGAAGAAGGACAAGAUGCUGGUGGAUUGCUACGUGAAUGGUUUUCAAUUAUUACAAGAGAGAUUUUCAAUCCCAAUUAUGCACUGUUUAUAACUUCUCCAGGGGAUCGUGUAACAUACAUGAUAAAUAAAUCUUCGUAUAUUAAUCCGGAACAUUUGGAAUAUUUCAAGUUUGUUGGAAGAAUAAUAGCAAAGGCAAUUUAUGAGAAUAAAUUACUGGAAUGCUAUUUUACCCGAGCAUUUUAUAAGCACAUUUUAAGUGUUCCUGUUCGAGCACAGGAUUUAGAAUCUGAGGAUCCUAGUUUCUACAAGUCAUUGGAAUUCUUGCUCAAUAAUCCAAUCGAAGAUCUUGGUACUGAACUUACGUUUAGUUUAGAAGUUGAAGAAUUUGGAGUUAGAAAAAUGCGUAUGCUGAAAGAAAAUGGGUCAUCAGUUCCAGUUACUGAUGGAAAUAAAGAAGAAUAUGUAAAGCUCGUUUGUCAGAUGAAAAUGACUGGUUCCAUUAAUCAGCAGUUGAAUGCAUUUUUGGAAGGCUUUUACGAAAUAAUUCCGAAGCAUCUAAUAUCAAUUUUUAAUGAGCAAGAAUUAGAAUUGUUGAUAAGUGGACUUCCAAAUGUUGAUAUCGAUGAUCUCUAUGCAAAUACAGAAUACAAGACGUACACGAAAUCCUCGUCUCAGAUACAGUGGUUCUGGAAAGCAUUACGUUCAUUUGAACAGGAAGAUCGUGCAAAGUUUCUACAGUUCGUUACUGGUACAAGCAAAGUUCCCUUACAAGGUUUCGCUGCACUUGAGGGCAUGAAUGGUACACAGAAAUUUUCUAUUCAUUUGGAUUCGCGAUCUUCAGAUCGAUUACCAACAGCACAUACAUGUUUCAAUCAGUUGGAUCUUCCUCAAUAUGAAACAUAUGACAAGCUUCGGGAUAUGUUAUUACUAGCAGUACGUGAAUGUACCGAAGGAUUUGGUUUUGCUUAA